AUGGUGCUUUUAAAACAUUCAGCAAUGUUGCAGUUUGGGAUGGCGAUGGUACUUAUAUUUGGUUUCUUCGAAUAUUCUUGUAGCGACCAGGUUCAUGAGCUAACCGAUGUCAGAAGAAGAGGGCCUUCGUAUGUAAUUAAAUCGUCUUCCGAGCCUGCUAUAUCCGACUCUACACUUGCGUCUGGAUGGUACGUUGCUAAGGACAGUGCUCGAUUCUACACGCUUGUUAAUGGAACGGCACCUGCAUUCGCACAUUGUGGAACUGUUAAUCCGAUAUAUAUCAAAGAUACGGUUGGAAAGCUUGAGCAGGGUAAAGAAUAUCCACUUACCGCAUGCUUGGUUAAUUUUGAUAAUAGCUGUGAAGAGAGUUAUAAAAUAAAAAUUCGCAAAUGCGGACAGGAAAUUCAGUACUAUCUACUUCCAACAGAUGGGACGAGUGCUUACUGUUUUGAACCGACGUCUUUGGCUGUUGAGGCACCCGCACCUAACUACAAAAUUCCCGAUAACAUCCUAGUAAGUGUAGCAUUGAUGUACAGACGUACAAAGCUAAGUUCUGAACCGGAACUUGACUUCAAAUGUAAUUUUGCAUCGGCAAGCACUCUAUAUUACUAUGAAGUCAGCUGGGUUAUUAAUGGGCGAAUCGAGAAGACAUUUUCACCAGUGAAAAUACAUGGUGUAGAUGGUACAAACCUUAAUGAGACGUCUAUUCGCAGCUUGGGAUUCAAAUUUGGAAUAUCAAUUCAAUGCGCGGUAAGAAUAUCAAGUACGGUUACGGGGAACCAGACAAACCCACAAAUGAGUGAUAAAUUCUAUGCUGGUAUAAAGAUCCUUACACCACAACUAACUUUGUCAAGCGGGUCAUCAAGCUAUAUCACAAUGCAACCAACUAUUCCUCUUGGAUGCCGAAGGCCAUUCGUCUUACCGUCCGGAAUACAGGAACCAUGUGAGCUUGACAUUGAAAUGUUUGAUCCGAAUUCUAAAUAUACGUGCCAGGAAACAGCUGUGGUUUCCUUAGAUAACCAGAAACUGUGCGGAAGUAGAAUAACUGGGUGGCUGAAGGAAACAUCACACACCUGCAUGCACCAACACGAUGUUAACUACUGUAGUUACAACAGAAUGUUGCAAAGACUCACAUCUUACCGAAUGGACAUUUCAGUGUCAAAUGAUAGACUUCAAUAUCCCAAAGACAAGACUUUCACCGUACAGUUAAAAACUGCAAAUAUUGCUCCACACAUUUUGGAAAAACGCCAGUCUAGACCAUGUAACGAUUAAGUAUAACGGAGGAAGUGAAAACCUUGAAUGGAGAGAAAAGGAAUGUUCGGUUAUAAAUGAUCCUUUAUUAAAUACAUUUGAUGGUCCAGGGUCCUAUAUUGCACCAUUUGCGCAUUAUCUGAUGUAUAAAGACAAGAUACACCUGGCGGAAGUACAAAUAAAAAUUCAAAAUUGUGAUGCUGACUUUAGCACGAUUUCAUCAUGCACAUGUGCAGCUGCAAUUCAAGC